AUCCCAUCAUCAUUCAUUCCAUUUUUCCUAACAAUUUCAUUUUUCUCCCAUACACUUUCAUUAUUUUCAUUUCCAUCUCGUAUCUUAUACGCACAAUCAAUUAAAAAAAAAAAUAUGGAAACAUUAACCGGAUUACUUAAGCACAUCGCCGUCAAAUUCCCUGAUCGCCGCGCCGUCUCCGUUUCCGGCAAAUUCGAUAUCACUCAUUCUCGUCUCAAUGAACUAAUCGAUCACGCCGCUUCUUCACUUGUCUCUGCCGGUGUCAAACCAAACGACGUCGUUGCACUCACCUUCCCUAACACCAUUGAGUACUUGAUCAUGUUUUUGGCGGUUAUUCGUGUCCGAGCGACAGCCGCGCCGCUUAAUCAAGCAUACACGGUCGACGAGUUUGAGUUUUAUUUAUCGGAUUCCGAGUCCAAGCUUUUGCUCACAGCAAAAGAAGGAAACGAGGCGGCCGAGUCAGCCGCCUCAAAAAUCGGAAUCCGUCACGUCACGGCGUCGUUACAGGACGCCGCGUCUCGCGUUCUCCUUUCCACGGAUUCCGAACUUACAAGUUCUGAACCAGUGGAAAAUAUCGUGAACGAUCCGUCUGACGUGGCGCUUUUCUUACACACGUCAGGGACCACCAGCCGACCAAAAGGCGUGCCCCUGACUCAACGUAAUUUGUAUUCAUCGGUUAAUAAUAUUAAAUCGGUUUACAAACUCACUGAGUUUGACUCGACCGUUAUAGUCCUUCCUUUGUUUCAUGUCCACGGUUUAUUAGCCGGGUUGCUGAGUUCGCUCGGUGCGGGAGCGGCUGUCACGCUCCCGGCUGCCGGGCGUUUCUCCGCAACCACUUUUUGGUUAGACAUGAUUAAAUAUAAUGCCACGUGGUACACCGCGGUACCAACUAUUCACCAAAUCAUACUAGACCGUCAUUUAGCCAAACCCGAACCAGUGUACCCGAAGCUCCGGUUUAUCCGGAGUUGUAGUGCAUCCCUCGCGCCGAGCAUUUUGGCUCGGCUUGAGGAGGCGUUUGGCGCUCCAGUCUUGGAAGCGUAUGCCAUGACCGAAGCUACUCAUUUGAUGUGUUCCAACCCGUUGCCCGAAGAUGGCCCACACAUCCCUGGGUCGGUUGGGAAACCCGUGGGUCAAGAAAUGGCGAUUUUGGACGAAAGUGGUGUGGAGCAAAAGGCUGGCGCAAAUGGUGAAGUUUGUAUUCGGGGCCCUAAUGUUACGAGUGGGUAUAAGAAUAACCCGGAAGCAAAUAAAGCCGCGUUUUUAUUCGGGUGGUUUCAUACGGGUGACAUUGGGUUUUUUGACUCAGAUGGAUACUUGCAUCUUGUUGGCCGGAUUAAGGAGUUGAUCAACCGUGGAGGAGAGAAAAUAUCGCCAAUUGAGGUCGAUGCUGUCCUUUUGUCACACCCAGAUGUUGCCCAAGCUGUUUGCUUUGGUGUGCCCGAUGAGAAAUAUGGCGAAGAGAUAAACUGUGCUGUCAUACCCAGAGAAGGAUCAAACCUUGAUGAGGAAGAAGUCUCGAGAUUCUGCAAGAAGAAUCUUGCUGCAUUCAAGGUUCCUAAGAAGGUGUUCAUCACGGAUUCUGUUCCAAAAACCGCAACAGGGAAGAUCCAAAGGAGGAUUGUAGCAGAACACUUCCUUACUCGUAUCUCCACCGCUAAAGUCCCCAAGUUUGGAGCUUAGAUAGGGCAAAAAAUAUCAAGAAAAAAGUUAGAUGUGUAGUACUUUAUUGUUUGGUCAAUUGGGUAUCAUUCUUUCAAUAUGUUAUUUCAACUUAAGAGUUCUAGUUAUGUAUGAGUACUUGUUCUAUAAAGAGAAAACUAUAGCUUUUGUCAUGAA